UGCAUGGGCUGGGAUAACAGGACAGGAACAGGAGAAUAAUGGCUGGACCAAGACCUCGAGUGAUUGCACUUUCCAAGCGUGAGGGCCAGAGCUAUGGCUUCUUCCUGAGGGUUGAGGAGGGGGAAGAAGGUCAUUUGGUUCGGGCCUUGGAGAUGGGUGGUCCUGCUGAACUAGCGGGCCUCAAGGAUGGAGAUCGCAUUAUCAGAGUCAAUGGAACAUUUGUGGACAACUUAGAACACAACCUGGUUGCUGAAAUGGUUAAGAAAAGUGGAUUGACUGUCACAUUUCAUGUCCUGGGAGACGAAACAUACCAGCAAGCCAAAAGCAGUGGCAUAAACCUUGCAGAACCACAGUCCUAUUCUGCUCAGAGUCAGCCCACCAUGAACGGAGUCCCUGGACCAAGCCCUAAACUCAAAGUCUGUUUUCUGCAGAGGUCUGGCAGUGGCUUUGGUUUCUCGAUCAAGUCCUCUAAAGGUGAAGAGGGAAUGUUCAUGACAGAUGUGAUUGUGGGAGGCACUGCUGAUAAUGCAGGGGUUAAGGCAGGUGAUCGUAUAGUAGAGAUCAAUGGAGAAAAUGUAGAAGGUGCUACUCAUGAGCAAACUGUGGGAAUGGUCAAAACUGCUGGAAACAGUGUGAUGUUUUUACUUGUGGACGAGGACACGGACAAAUACUACAAGAAUAAACGCAUCAGACUGGGACCUGGACUGGCUACAACGAAGCACCUACCACUGAAGCCUCGCAUAGCUGAAAUCACCAAGGGAGCCAAUGGUUAUGGUUUCUUCCUUAUGGAAGACCCUAAAACUCCAGGUCAUUUCAUUGGAGAAAUAGACCGUGGGAGUCCUGCAGAAAAAGCAGGACUGAAGGAGAAGGACCAGCUGGUGGCUGUGGAUGGAAUGGAGGUUAAUCACUGCACCCAUGAGCAAGUAGUGGAGAAAAUACGUCAGCUCGGAAAUCUAUGCUGCCUCUUGGUGGUUGAUGCUGAAACAGACAAGAUGUACAAGAUGGGUGGUAUCUCUCCUUUACUUUAUUGGGAGGAAAUGCGGAGUUCCCUGCCUCAGCCGAGCAAUCCUGAGCCUGAAAAUAAUGUCAUCCCAGUCCCAGCCAUGCCUGAUGCUGCAGAGGAAAUAUAUAAACCCAAAUUGUGCCGCAUGGAAAAGACCGCUGCUGGGUAUGGUUUCCACCUCAAUGGUAUCCAAGGAGUGCACGGACAAUAUAUCAAAGAGGUGGUGAAAGGUGGAGCAGCAGACAGAGCCGGGCUAGAGGAUGAUGACAUUGUGGUGGAGGUCAAUGGGGUGAACAUAGAGCAACGCACACAUGAGGAGGCUGUGAAUUUGAUCCGCAGCAGUGGUGAUACAUUGGUCCUCCUUGUAGCAGGGAAAGCUGCCUAUGAUCACCUAAAAGCUAAAGGAGUUGCAAUUACCCCCAAGCUGCUGGAUACAGAGACAGCACCAAUUCAGCCUCGUGAAAGGACACCCUCUGUUUCAUCUACAUCCUCAUCAGAAAAUGAAGAUAUGAGGUUUUGAGAGACGUUUUCCAGUUGCUGGGUUAUAUGUAUAUAUGAUGGCACGUUAGGUUGCACAAAUAAAUUAAAAGCUUUUAAUAUAAGUAGUCAAUAAUUGCACUACCGGAAAAAGACAAUCUUUUAAAUGGAAAGCAGUCAGGUACUCUGUCCUCUCAGACUACAGGUGUUUACCAAUCUACAAAUAAUGCUGGCAAGUAGAAAGCAGCAAAUGCAGCAAUGCUAAGUACUGCAUCAGAUCAGAGUUAACAUUUUCCAAACAAAUCCAUGUAUAUAUUUUUUGUACGUAUGUCAGGUAUGGUAGACAACACCAAUCUCAGAUGUGAACAAAGGACACAAACCGUUAAAUCAUGCCAUUGUCACGGGUGUUGAUUGUGUAAGACCCUCUGAUGCCUUUCAUAUACACAUCUAUGCUCUUUGCACCACAAUGCUUUCGGGAAUGGCAAGUACUUUGUACAGUUUAACCUUUUUUCACCUGUUUAUCUCUACUUAAAUGCAUUCAAAGACAUUCACCAAGUUAAUAUUUAGAGCCUAGAUAUUCAGCAGUGAGCUAUUCACUCUGCUUAGGCCAUUGUAUGAAGUAAUAAAAUAUAUAUGCUCAUUAGUAAAUAAAAAUUUGCAUAAUCACUA